AUGUUGGCGCUUAUUAUGCCGUCUAUGAGCGAUUCAAAGAAAGACAGAACUAGUAAAACCAAUCACUACUCGUUGAGGUACCUUACGUUGCUUAACCAGCGGAGGGGGGAAAGUCGCGAGGUAUGCUUUGCGUAGUGCCUGGAACGCUAAAUGCACAUCCUCUGUGAUACCCACCUGCCCUACAUACCUAAUCAUGCGCAGAAUGUUUUUUGGUGCUACGCUUUGAUGUAGGCAUCGACUUUAUAAGGCUUGACUGAAUCAGCUUGGCAAGGUACUGUAUUCGCUUCGUUUCCAGUCACGGGACCGGAACAUCCUCUGCUGGCAACCCCCAUUCGUUGUAGUCUUGCGUGCUUCGUGUCUAGACCGUUUGAUCGGUCGCGUACCACAACCAUUCGAAGGCAAACCUGGGCUAGGGGGGCAUGCAAUCUCUCUCUUGGUAUUGUAACCAUUUCUGACAGUGUCCAUGCAUGCAAUCCAGGAAUUCUCCCUCUGCCGCCAGUGUAGUAGUGUGCCAGACCUAUGGCCUUCCGGCAAGUAACGGGGGAGUGUGUCGAGCUCGAAAACCGCAAACUUAGUCCAAUCUAGGUCUAGUGUCCUGCCCAACCGAUCUCCGGUACCUAAAUGCCCCGUAAAUCUUGCAUACGGAUUAUCUACCGCGCGUCCAACAUAUUUCAGACCAUCCGACAAGUUCACAAUAGCAUAUAUGGCGACUAUGUUCUUGCGGAGGAGUGGUCUCCCAUUGUUGCUAUCUUCCCCGGAUGAGAUCCAUAUGGGGUAUGGCCUGCCACUCCGUUGGGGUUCGUAUGCACCAACAGGGAUGUUCCCUUUUGUCUUUUGCAGUGGCUAGCCAGGUGUCUCGUCUUCUCCAUAGCGAGUAGCAUUGUGGGUGGUUGCUUUCCGACGCCUGUUUCGAUCGCUCGAAAAUCAAGCGCAUUUUCCCGACCUUGGUGUUCGGGUCCCAUAUGUGAUUUGGUCGAGGUCGGUUUCUACCUCUACCUCGAUGUUUCCCCAUGGCAUUGGUUUCAGUAUCGUCGAUAAUAAAAUCUUGG